AUGGGUGAACGUAAGGUGCUGAACAAGUAUUACCCGCCGGACUUCGACCCGUCGAAGAUCCCGCGACGGCGGCAGCCCAAGAACCAGCAGAUCAAGGUGCGCAUGAUGCUCCCCAUGAGCAUCCAGUGCGCUACCUGCGGGACAUACAUAUACAAGGGCACCAAGUUCAACUCCAGAAAGGAGGACGUCAUCGGAGAGACAUACUUGGGAAUACAAAUAUUUAGGUUUUACUUCAAGUGUACUAAGUGCUCUGCUGAGAUGACAUUCAAAACAGAUCCUCAGAAUUCUGACUACACAGUGGAAUCGGGGGCUAGUCGCAAUUUUGAACCUUGGCGGGAACAGGAUGAGGCAGCAGACAAAGAAAAGAGGAAACGAGAUGCUGAGGAGAUGGGUGAUGCAAUGAAAGCGUUGGAAAAUAGAGCAAUGGAUUCAAAGCAGGAUAUGGACAUUCUUGCUGCUUUGGAAGAGAUGCGGUCCAUGAAGUCUAGACAUGCUGGUGUCUCUGUUGAUCAGAUGCUUGAAAUUUUGAAGUGUUCUGCUCAUGAGAAGGAGGAAAAAGCAAUUGCAGAGCUUGAUAAAGAAGAUGAAGAACUUAUCAAAUCAAUCACUUUUCGAAACUCUGGAUUUUAUGUAAAGCGGAUAGAAGAUGACGAUGAUGAUGACGAUGAUGAUGAUUUGGUCCCUGGCCAAUCGAGUAAAACAAUAAAGAUCAAUGGAUCUUCUAAAUCUGUGACAAAGCCAACAGAUGUUUUAAGCAAAACUAACGAAUCGGAGGGUGCCAAUAAAGAAGGGAGCAAGAGCUGGAUGCCCAAAUUUAUUGUGAAACCAAAGUCUGCUAGCGCAGAUCCUCAUAAGAGACAGAAGGUUGAAUCCAUGGCUGUCCAAGACAACGGGAAAGGCCUAGAUGAUGAACAAAAAAGUGAAUCUGCAAAGCAAACCAAUGUUCUCCAGUCCCUAUGCCAGAACUAUGAUAGCGAUGAUAGUGAAUGA